AUGAGUAUGGACAAGGAUCGAAAAAGCCUUCAAUUUUGGGCCUCAAUUCUCGAAACCCUAGCUGGUUCAUCAUCAGGCCUUAGAGAUGAUCGUUAUCCUGAGAUAAGCCCGCUACUAGUGAUGUCUACAUCAACGGCCAUCGACCCUCAGCCUUGUAACGCUCCUGAAGAUGGAGAUAAAGAGGCCGGACCGGAGAAAGCUUCAUCCAAAGAUGGAGCUAAGAACGUUAAUGAGAAAUCUAAAGGGAAAGAGAUAGUGGAGGGAAAGGAAAAUUGUGCGAAAGAAGAAGGCAAGAGUCUUGGUAAGAGAUCACGUAAUGAAACUCGUAAUGCUUCAGAGAAGAGGAGACGCAACAAUAUAAGAAUCAAAAUUGAGAAGCUGAAGCAGAUGACACCUCGUUGCACACAGAAAGACAUAUCCUCGACCCUUGAUUCCGUCAUCGAUCAUAUACGAGAGAUGAAGCUUUAUGUCGAAAGACAGAGUGCUGGUCCCACGUUGCCACUGGAAAUGGGGAUGGAUUUUCAGGUACCAUGGUUUCCUUAUAUGCCUCCCAACGUCAUCAUGCCAUUCAAUGGCUUCACCCAAGGAGAAUCUAGCGGUCGGGACCAUCAAAUUGUUCCCGUUACCACUAAGGGACUCGACAAUCAGCCGAAGUCGUCAAAAUCUAUGUAA